GAGGUCGGGAGGCAGGUGGGACUGGGGUGUCUGGGAUUAAAGAGACCCUGGUUCAGAGAGAGUGGGGGGCUGAUGGGAAGAUGUGGGGUGAUUUGGAACGUAUGGAGGGGAGGCUCCCGGCCAUGUCAAGGCCCAGGCAUCUCCUGAGGAAGGAUGGGACCCAGCUGUAUUUCAGCCCCACACUUCCCGCCAACCUCAGAUCCAACCCAAACAGUUGCCUCGACCUACUAUCAGCCUCCGCCUGAAUUAGCAUCUUAGCACAGCAGCAAGCCCGAGCUCAGCCCCAGCCCCAGCCCAGGACCCAGCAUGGCGAGGGACUUUCAGGACAUCCAGCAUCUGGGCUCUGAGGAGAACGACCACCAGUUUUGCAGAGGUGAGGGCCCAGGCACUCGCGGGCGCAGUCCCAGGAGAGAAGAUCCAUUCUGGAAAGGGAUGCCUCCUCCCCAGCCCUUUGUCCUGCAGCGUCUCUGUUCCCAGCUCCGCCUCAGUCUGCUUGUCCUGGGCUUCAACAUCCUGCUGCUGGUGGCCGUCUGUGUGAUGGGGUCCCAAAGAGCACAGCUGCAAGUGGAGCUGCAGACUCUAAAGGAAACUUUCAGCAACUUCUCCUCGAGCACCUUGAUGGAGAUCCUGGCUCUAAGCUCCCAUGGAGGCAGCGCCGGUGACAAGGUGACAUCUCUGGAAGCCAAGCUGGAAAAACAGCAGCAAGACCUGAAAGCAGAUCAUGCCACUUUGCUGCUUCAUCUGAAGCACUUCCCGGUGGAUAUGCGCACGCUGGCUUGUCAGCUGGCGUUCCUCCAGAGCAACGGCACAGAGUGCUGCCCCGUGAACUGGGUGGACUAUGAAGGCAGCUGCUACUGGUUCUCUCGCUCGGGGAAGCCCUGGCCUGAGGCUGAGAAGUACUGCCAGCUGGAGGACGCCCACCUGGUGGUCAUCAACUCCAGAGAGGAACAGAAAUUCAUUGCACAACACACGAACCCCUUUCAAACCUGGAUAGGCCUCACUGACAGUGAUGGCUCCUGGAGAUGGGUGGAUGGUACAGACUAUAGGCACAACUAUAAGAACUGGGCUGCCACUCAGCCAGAUGACUGGCAGGGGCACGAGCUGGGGGGCAGCGAGGACUGUGCUGAGAUCCAGGGGGAUGGCCGCUGGAACGACGAUUUCUGCCAGCAAGUGAAACGCUGGGUGUGUGAGAUAAAGCGGAACAUCACCAUCUAGGUGUCCUGACCUCCAGCAGACCUCUGACCUCCAGCAGACCUCUGACCUCCAGCAGACCUCUGACCUGCACCCUGCCUGCCUCCAAGUCCUCCACUGGGCAUUUUGAAGAAAGGAAGAAGAGAGUCCUCAGAGGCAUGGGGAGGGGUUGAGGAGAGAUAGAAGGGGGUGGUUGAAGAAGCUCAGACCUUGGGGAGACUGAGAUCCCGCCUCCUUCUGAAAGUCACUGUAAUUACUAUUAUAAUUUUUGGCCUCCUCAAUGGAUUAGGAAAAGGACAGAUACUUGAAACUCUGCGUGGAUUUGUUAUUUGGAACUGGGAACUGUAGGGUACAAAGAAGAGGGAGGGAGAGGGUCUGGAAGAGAGAAAGCUUAAGUGCUAGAUGGCUGUCCUUGACACCUAAUCUUGAAGACAUGGGUCAGGGAGCGGAGGGAGAGGUUCUGGAAGAGAGAAAGCUUAAGUGCUAGACGGCUGUCCUUGACACCUAAUCUUGAAGACAUGGGUCAGGGAGGGGAGGGAAGAGGAUUGAAACAGAGGAAGGCCCCGUGGAAGGCACUGGUGGGGGCAGGGAGCUGGCUGGGCUGGGGCUGAGGGUCUGCCCACACCCUGAGGGGUUCCCUGCAGUUGGGAUCCCCUCCAGAAGAGGUUCCAGGGAACACCCCUGCUCCACUGUCAGCCUGGGAACUGUGAACUGGGCUGGCAAAGGUCAGUGACAAAGGUGUGCUAAGAGAAGGAAGAUUGGUAUGACCCCAGAUAGACCUAGACGUGUCUCCAGCACAUGGUGUCUCCAGCAGUCUCCACAGUGGGUAAACUGCAUCUUCCAAGAUCAUUCUGAAACUGACCUUAAAAAAGAGUCUGUAAUCAAUUAGAUUUUUUGGUUUUAUUUUUAUUACAAAAGUAAUAUAUACUAGUAGUUAAAAAUGUUUCAAACACACACACACAUGCACACUGGGAGUCUCCUCCUCUCACCCUUCCCACUUCUCCGCAGAGUUAACAAUUUUCAUGGAUAUUGUAUUAGUCAAGGGUCUCCAAAGAAACAGAACCAAUAGGAUGUAUAUGUACCAAUAGGAGAUAUAUUGGCUCAUGUGAUUAUGGAGGCUGACAGCUCCUGAGUUCUGCAGGUGAGCUGAAGAGCCACAAGGUUCCCAUCUGAGUCUGAAGCCUCAACACCCAGGAAAAGCCAGUGUUUCCAUGUGCCAGUUUGGAGAGGGUCAGGCAGGAAGACCUUUCCCUUACUCAUGAGAGGGCCAGCCUUCUUGUUCUCUUCUUGGCUUCAACUGAUUGGGUGAGGCCCACCUGCAUUAGGGAGGGCAAUCUGCUUUC